GAGAUGUCUAGGUGACAAAUCUGACAGUGGACAUGUGAAGACCUUCUUUGAAACAUUCUUUUUCAGUGUUUUAUGUCACAUUUUUUAGACUCUAACCUGUGGGGGAUCAGGACUGAGUGUCACUUGCAAUACCUUUCGUAUUAAUAAAAUGGCAGACACAAUUAAUAUCGCAUUGCGGAGAACAUCUGGAGCCUCAGACGAAAGCAACACUAGUGAUGCAUUUGACAGUCUGCCCUCUUCUGUAACUACUGAUCCAUCAUCGAUCACUAGUUCUCCAUCUAAACCAGUCAGGAAGAGAACCAUUUCUACCGGUGGUUCGGGUGAUACGGUCAUCAGAACAUCUAAUAGAACUAUCUACACCGCUGGAAGACCCCCGUGGUAUAACUCACAGGGACAGCUUCAUGAGGCUUUUGUCAUAGGGUUAUGUGGAGGCAGUGCAUCUGGGAAGACCACUGUAGCCAAUGAAAUCAUCAAAGCAUUGGAUGUACCAUGGGUUAGUCUCCUCUCAAUGGACUCAUUCUACAAGGUGUUGAGCCCCAAGCAGCACGAACAAGCCAACAGAAAUGAGUACAACUUUGAUCAUCCGGAUGCCUUUGAUUUUGAACUUCUUGUGGAGACGUUGAAGAAACUCAAGGAAGGGAAGCAUGUAGAGGUUCCAGUGUAUAAUUUCACAACGCACAGUAGAGAAAGAGAAAUGAAAACUAUGUAUGGUGCCAAUGUUGUCAUUUUCGAAGGAAUUAUGGCAUUUGCGAAGAAAGAACUCAUAGAUGUUAUGGACCUCAAGAUUUUCGUAGACACCGAUUCAGACAUCAGGCUUGCACGGAGACUAAAGCGGGACAUCACUGACAGGGGGCGUGGCCUGGAAGGAGUCAUCAAACAGUAUAAUAAAUUUGUGAAGCCAGCGUUUGAGCAGUUUAUCGAGCCUUCUAUUCAGCAUGCAGAUAUUGUAGUGCCAAGAGGAGCUGAGAAUGAGGUUGCGAUGAUCCUUAUCGUCCAGCAUGUACAUGACCAACUCACAUUGAGAGGGUUCCAAUUCAGAGCUGAGCUACCACUAGCUCACGUCAACCAGCCGCUGCCCGACACACUCUAUGUAGUUACUAAUACGGUCCAGGUCCAAGGGUUGCACACAUUUAUCAGGAAUCGUGACACAGGACGUGAUGAAUUCAUCUUCUAUUCUCAGAGACUGACCAGGAUUCUAAUAGAGUACGCUCUCUCACUCCUACCAUUCGAGGACUGCAUUGUAGAAACACCACAGAAUACCAAGUAUGCAGGCAAGAGAUUCAAAGGCAGGUCAAGUGAUGGCAAAAAUAAGAUAUGCGGUGUGUCCAUUCUGAGAGCGGGGGAGGUGAUGGAGCCUGCAUUGAGUGAGGUGUGUAAGGAUAUCCGCCUAGGGAAGAUCCUCAUACAGACGAAUAACAUAUCUGGAGAGCCAGAGCUUCACUACCUGAGGCUUCCCAAGGACAUCAAGAAAGAUUACGUCAUCUUGAUGGAUGCUACCGUAGCAACAGGAGCAGCAGCUAUGAUGGCCAUCAGGGUCCUUCUGGACCAUGAUGUACCCCAAGAAAACAUCCUGUUUCUCUCACUGCUAGUUGCCGAGUCAGGUGUCCAAACGGUGGCGUAUGCGUUCCCCAAGGUGAAGAUCGUAACCACUGCUGUAGAUAAGGCGGUCAAUGAGAACUUUCACAUCUUACCAGGGAUAGGUAACUUUGGAGACAGAUACUUUGGGACUGGUUCAUGACAGGGAUGACUGGACACCAGCAGAUAUUGGCAUUAGCUUGAGUAAAGACAAUUGCCUUUAAGAACUCCUUCGCUUCUCAGGACAGUUAUAGUGUAUUGAAAGCCAUCUCUGCAAGAUGAACUUGUUUCAUACAGUGUUUGUGGUAACACUUGUUUAGCUCGAAGUGCAGAUUUGAUAUUAGUUUUGUUUUGUGUUCAGAGAAGUGUUUCACAAAGACUAAGAUUGACUUUAAGUUAGACUUAACUAUGACAGGCCUAUCAAGCACUGGUUGCUCCCACCAUUGGUCUCUUAAUUAUGGUCUUUAGAUAAUGUUUUCCUUCAAUAAUGAACUAUCAAAAAAGGUAAAUUCUGUAGAUAUGUGACCAUAAUUUGUACGUCCCUUGCGAGACCAAUGCCAGUAACUGAUGAGAGCAAACAGUGGUAUGAACGGCCUGCAAUAGUAAAUCCAACUUAAAGUCAAUCUUAGUCUUUGUGAAACACCCCCAGGUUGUUUUUGUGUACUGAUACUCCCGUCAGACCGACACCAGACCGACACCAGACUGACAAAAAAUUGCAUUACCCCCAUUCGUCAAAAAUGGGUCGGGUUGGGUUGAUUUGGUGUUGUAACUGAGGUAGUCGUAUACAGGAGAUGCUGUAACCAGGGUGAUUAACAGUUGCCAAAAGUGCACAAUUUAACAACAUCUUAUAUUAAUCAUUAUUAAUAUUAUUUUACCAUGUAUAGUUUUACAGUAAUAUUUGUUUGUUGAACAGUGGCAUUAUAGAGGCACAUCUGUCUGGUAUCAUUUACUUUGUAACCAACUUCUUUCUUGCAGUCAAAAAUUGAAUAUGUGCUUCAGCUAUACAUAAAGAGCCAUCAGCCAUGAUUCAGAGAAUUUGUUAAAUUUGUUGGGUCAAGUGUUCUCCACAGCCCAUCAUUAAUUGGGGAAGUAUACUGUAUACAUACACCUGGCUAUCAUAGAAGAAAAAACAUUGCUCUUUUGGAAAUUCAUAUGUACCAGUAUCCUUAAAUUUUGGUCCCAUUUUCAUUGAUAUUGCCAGCAGCAUUCUCAAAGUGGAAAUUCAGCUUUACAAAUAAUUAUGGGAAGACAUUUGUGACGAAACAAAGAACUUGUCAAAAGAACAUUCUGUUUCUAUUUUAUGUAGCUAGGCAUGAAUUGGCCAUCUCUUCUCAAACAUAUCUUGAAAUUGUAUGAUCCUGAUGUAAAGUAGCCAAGAAAGAGCCAAAUUAAGGCAAGUCCUAUGAGUGUCCUCUGUUCAAAAUAAAGUAUAGUAAGUCUUGAAUAGAUAUGACAUCAUUCCUUUUUUCCAGGGGGGGGGGGGGGGCGGGAGCAGGAAUAUGAGGAUAAAGUACAUCGUAAAUAUUGUGCAUCUUUAUGUAAAGCUACACCAUUCAAAUCGUGCUCAACGGAUUAUGAUCUCAUUCAUAUCAAUGGAGUACAAAAUUGUAAGCAGUUCAGUGUAAAUUAACACAAAUGAUACUCUGUUUGCUGUUCCCAUAA